AUGAAGAACCAUAGAAGCGCGAGUAUCAGUGCAGCUCCGACGACGCCACCGACGACACCGCCAGCGAUGGCGCCGGUAUUGGUAGAAGAAGAGGAAGAUGACGAUGAGUCUGAAUCGGAUGUAGGAGUAGCUGCGGAUGUUGAUGUCGAUAUCGAUGUCGAUGAAAUCGUGACACUCGUGCUAGCUGAACCUAAGAUUAGACCUGGAAUGCACACCGCAUAG